CCCCUUCAAGGCUUUAAUUGGAUUAGACCAAGUCCACUGCAGUCAGUGGUUCUCGCAUUCUAACUAGUUGGAUUUCGUCAUCGCACAGAACAGCAUGGGCCUGAAAUUCCAAAAGAUUCUGGUUUUGGGUGGGAUUAUCAUAGGAUUCCUGUCAGUCAUCGUCAUCCUGGUAGGGACACUGCUGAAGAACUCCAUACCCAAUGUUUUGGCACCGGAGGAGCGGCAAUUUGCUUUCGACUAUGUGAUUGUUGGAGCUGGAACUGGAGGCAGCACCCUCACCUCGCUGCUGGCCAAGCACAGCAAUGGAAGUGUCCUGCUCGUGGAGGCCGGAGGUCAAUUUGGUUUACUCAGUCGGAUUCCCCUGCUGACCACUUUCCAGCAGAAGGGCAUAAACGACUGGUCCUUCUUGUCCGUGCCGCAGAAGCACUCCUCCAAGGGUCUCAUCGAACAGAGGCAGUGCCUCCCGAGGGGCAAAGGACUGGGUGGUUCGGCCAAUCUCAACUAUAUGCUGCACUUUGAUGGUCACGCACCGGACUUUGAUUCUUGGCGGGACAUUCACAAUCUCAGCGAUUGGGGAUGGGACCAGAUGAGGUCCUUUAUGGCGGCUGCCAAGCCCAAGCCCCCGGAUAUGUAUGAAAUUCCUCGCCGUUACUCCAAGUUAACCGAAUCCCUUGACGAGGCACAGGCGCAGUUUGCCCACAAGGAUUGGAUCUUCCGACGGUCUGUGUAUAACAUAAGGAAUGGGUUGCGUCAUUCAGUGGUACAGCAGUUCCUAAAUCCGAUGCUCCAUCGCACGAAUCUCCGUCUGUUGCCCGAUGCUUUGGUGAAGCGGAUUCAACUUUCCUCCAGCCCAUUUCCCCAAGCCACCUCCAUUCUCGUGGGGAUUAAGGACGAGGAGAACAGGGAGCAGGAAUUCAGCAUCGAGGUGAGAAGAGAGUUGAUACUCUGCGCUGGAGCUUACCAAACUCCUCAGCUCCUGUUGGCCUCUGGAAUCGGAGAUAUGGGAGUAUUGAACAAAAUGGGGAUUCCCGUUCAGCAUAGUUUACCUUUGGUGGGUCACAAUCUGCACGAUCACUUCAAUGUUCCCCUCUUCGUUUCAAUGGGAGUUCCUGGUCCUACAUUAAACCAAAACACCUUAUUGAAUCCAAUGACCUUGAUUAACUACCUUAGUUCGGGAACCGGACCGCUGGGAAACUUUGGAGUGCUGGGAAAUGUGGCAAGCUAUGGAGGAUCAGGAGCCUCGUCCUUUGGGAUCACCUUCUUUGGAGCCGGUGCCAUCGAUGAAUCUGCUCUGAUGUCAAUAUCGAAUUUUAAGGGCCCAGCCUUCCGGGCCCUCUUUCCACGCUAUUAUAACGCCUCGCAGGAAGGCUUUGUGGUCAUUUCCAGCUGCCUGCAGCCAAGAUCACGAGGAUCCGUGGGUCUCCUUAACCGGCACAUGAGAAGAAAUCCCCUGAUAGAUCCUAACUACCUCAGUAGCGAAGAGGAUGUGGUCUGCACAAUUAAGGCUAUUCGAAGUGCAGUGGAGCUGGUCACUUCAGCUGCCUUUGCUUCACUGCAUCCCCGCAUCCACUGGCCUCGUCUGCAGGAGUGCUCCAAUUUCGGUCCCUUCGAACGGGACUUCUUCGACCACCAACCCUCGGAUCACUAUCUGGAGUGCCUGAUGCGUCACAUUGGCCUGGGAUCUCAUCAUCCAGGAGGCACUUGUGCUCUUGGCAGCGUCGUGGACUCGCAGUUGAGAUUGCAGGGUGUAUCCAAUGUGCGAGUGGUGGAUGCCAGCGUCCUGCCCCGUCCCAUCUCGGGAAAUCCCAACUCGGUGGUCGCAGCUAUUGCAUUGAGAGCCGCCUCAUGGAUACUGAAGAGCGAACUGCAGACCGGUGAUUUAAAAUGAAUGAAAUUCUCUGUGAGAUUAAUGCUUUCAAGUUGAGGGACAACCUCACUGAAAAAAACAUUCAUUUUAUU